AUGAUCAACAUUGAACCACCAGCUGCCGCAUUUCCAGCCACCGGUGGAAAUACUUCUCAUAACAUUGUUAGUGAAAGCGAAGGUAGAUUAGCCUUUAAGGUAAGUGUAUUCUGUAUUCUCAUCGAAAUCUUCAUGAGACAUCUCCAUAUAUUUGCAGGUUAAAUCAUCCAAUAACGAGCAUUAUCGUGUUCGUCCAGUUUUCGGUUUUGUCGAUCCUAAAGGAAAAGCGAAAUUGGACAUUGUUCGUCUUGAAGGACCAGCAAAAGAAGACAAAAUUGUUGUACAAUACGCUGAAGUUCCAGCUGAUGAAUCAGAUCCACAAGCACCAUUCAAAGCUGGCGCUCAACAAGGUGAAAUUAUUUUGGUCUUGAAAGCGACCUAG